CAACAACUUGGGCGCAGCCAACCACCCGAGAAACAACACAGCAACUGGGCCUCUAUCGCGCAACCUUCAAAUCCGCUGCUGUCAAGCGGAGGGAUUCUUUUUUUUUUUCUGCUCCUCUCCUCAAUUCAAUAUCCUGAUCAUCGCGGACAGACAGUCCCAAAGAUGGAGAGCUUGAUUGCCGAGGACCGCUGCGAGGAGCUGCGCGACCUGAGCAUCGUCAACCUCAUUGUCUCGAUUGUCAUUGUCAUCGGGAUGCUCAUCAGCUACCUGCCCCAGCAUGUUCGCAUCAUCAAACGCGGUACUUCCGAGGGCAUUUCUCCCUACUUCGUCCUUCUCGGCACCACUUCUGCGACUUCGGCCUUUGCAAACAUACUCCUUCUUCCGAAAUCACGCCAGGACGUGGCCUGCUGCAAAGAAAUCGAGACCUUCCACUGCAUCGCCGGCCUACUCGGGAUUGCCCAGCUUGGCGUGCAGUGGAUCUGCUUCACAUUCAUUUUCGUCCUGUUUCUGGUCUUUUUUCGAUACAAGUCCGUUGACGAUACCUACGAUGAGGAGCCCGAUGAAGAUUCCCCGAGGUGGCAGACCGCAUUGCUGGUGGCAUCGUUAACCCUGCUGCACGGGCUCGCCGUCAUUGUCAUCACUGGCAUUCUUUCCACCGUGGCCAAGGAAUACCUGCCCGCCUGGGCCAACGCUCUCGGCGUCAUGGCUGCUCUUCUCGCAGCGGUGCAAUACGUCCCCCAGAUCUGGACGACGUACCACCUCAAGCACGUGGGCAGCCUCAGCAUCCCCAUGAUGUGCAUCCAGACACCCGGCGGUUUCCUCUUCGCUGCCAGUUUGUUUGCGCGACUUGGCUGGUCCGGUUGGAGCUCAUGGGGCAUCUUCGUCCUGACGGCCACGAUGCAGGGCCUUCUUUUGUGCCUUGCCAUCUACUACGAGGUCAAGGCGCACGCAAAUAGCGCCGACGCCCCCAAAUCACCGUCACAGCUUCCCCAUCGAUCGCAGCAGCGUGUCAAUGGUUUUGAUGGAGAUUCCCGAGCCGACUUGGAGGGCGAUGGUGCGACCGACACCACACCCCUUCUCCAGGAUGGGCGGAACGGAGACACCCGUCGAGACUACGACACCCACCGGGGUUGAGCGGCCCGUUAGAAGACGAUGUGCUGAGCCGGAGGACAGACAAGAGUUGGUUGGCCUGUCUCUGCACUUAAUCUGGAACCUGGGGUGCUACAUAACUGGGCUCGCGCCGCAACCUACAUUGGCAUGCUCAAAAAACCACUCCAUUCUAACUUUUUUUGCAUUGGAUCUUUCUGGGGAUGCUUGUUCAAGCACGGG